UAAAUAAGAAAUGAUAGAAUAAACAUAGUAUACUGUAUAGGAGGGAACUGAAUUGUACUAUGCAUGUUUGGCGAUGGAAGCAAAGCUGCCAAAUCCGCCAUUUUCACCAACCCUUCUUCUUCCCAUUCGCAUUCCAAUCCCUCGAACUCUCCAACCUCACAAUCCAAACACACUCUGACGAAGACGAUGACAGCCACAGCCCACAAAACCCAAAACCUAUUCAAUCCCAUUCCCACGCAUAAAAUGGACGACCCAAAUUCGAGCCUUUUCAUCACCGGCGGCUUGUUUUUGGAACCCACAAUUUCCAAUUCUCUGCUCAAUUCCGUGGUGUCGUUCCGGAAGUCUGUCGUUUCCGCGUCUGGUUCGUCGUAUGGGUUUAGGCUGAGAGCGGUGGCUGGAGGUGGGUUCUUGUCGGUGAGCUUGAAAAGCGAUGGGGUUGUACGGGAAUCCAAAGGGUGUUUGCUGCAGAACGGAGAUGAGGAUUCGGAGGAGGCGGUGGUUGAAGAGAUGAAGACAGAGAAAGUUGGGAUUAGGGGAGGUAGAGCUAUGAACACCACCAAGCAUUUGUGGGCUGGUGCUAUAGCCGCCAUGGUUUCCAGAACUUUUGUUGCACCUCUUGAGAGACUAAAGCUGGAAUAUAUAGUUCGUGGAGAACAGAGGCAUCUAUUCGAGCUGGUUAAGUCAAUUGCGGUUUCUCAGGGCUUGAGGGGCUUUUGGAAGGGGAACUUAGUCAAUAUUCUUCGUACAGCUCCAUUUAAAGCAAUCAAUUUCUAUGCUUAUGAUACUUACAGAAAACAAUUGCUCCGCUUCUCCGGAAAUAAGGAGACUACAAAUUUUGAGAGGUUUGUUGCCGGUGCUGCAGCUGGAAUUACUGCUACCAUACUCUGCUUACCUCUUGACACGAUUCGGACUAAGUUGGUGGCUCCUGGUGGGGAAGUCUUAGGUGGUGUAAUUGGUGCUUUCCGCCACAUGAUCCAAACUGAAGGGUUCUUUUCACUUUAUAAGGGCCUGGUACCCUCCAUCGCAAGCAUGGCACCUUCAGGUGCAGUUUUCUAUGGUGUCUAUGAUAUAUUAAAAUCAGCUUAUCUGCAUUCACCAGAUGGAAGGAAAAGAAUUCAAAAGAUGAGCCAACAGGGGCUGGGCCUGAAUGCUUUCGACCAACUGGAGCUGGGACCCGUUAGGACAUUACUUUAUGGAGCUAUUGCUGGUGCUUGUGCAGAAGCUGCCACAUAUCCGUUUGAAGUGGUGAGGAGACAGCUGCAAUUGCAAGUCCAGGCAACUAAAAUGAGUGCCUUGGCAACUUGUAUGAAAAUAGUGGAACAUGGAGGUGUCCCAGCUCUUUAUGCAGGACUUGUUCCCAGCUUGUUACAGGUACUUCCCUCAGCUGCAAUAAGUUACUUUGUUUAUGAGUUCAUGAAGAUUGUUCUCAAGGUAGAAUGAAGAAAUGAAAUGGGAACCACCAAAGGAAUAUGAUUGGAGAUUUUACAGUAUACUUAGAGAGGAGCACCGGCUAUAAAUUCAGAAUUGUAGGAUUAUAGUGACUUUAGCAGUUACCAUUCAUGUUCCCAAAAGAUUCUGGUAUUGCAAAAGAUAAAAAAUAGUCCACAUCUUAGCCUUCUCUGAAUUCAUACUAACUCAUUUGCAAGCCUAACCGUUUUGUUCACUGCCAAAUUUUGAUUUCCAUUCUCAAGAAACAUAUUCAGGUCAGGAAACAGCAAUUAUUUGGUGCUACUUUAAUCAUGUUUGCUACCACAUUCUCAUAUUGGGACAAUGCAUGCUUAAUUGAAGCAAAUUCAUACGAACACCAUCUGUUUUUGUCGGUGCUGAUCAUGCCUACUCGGAGGAGAAAGUGGUCUGCUGCUUGCUGCCCUCAUUUACUUGCUGCAA